UACUCAAAUAUCUUCAGCGCCAUUUUCAAUAUUCGCAAAAUUUGUUUGUAAACAAGCCGCAAGUAUUUGUCCUUAUAUAGGCCUAAGUCUAUUGAAUACAUUUUCUUAAGAAAUGUCGAGUACACCUCAAGUGGAGGUUCGGACUCCGGUUAGCCGACUGGCAUCCACAGCCGGACUGUCAUCAGACUACAUCUCCCCCACCACCCGGCGGAGACCCAUCCCCCUGACCAGCCAGUCUUCUAUCCUCUCCAACUUUGCGGAGAAUGAUGACGCUGCAGAAAAGAGGCAACGGAGGCACUCCCGUGUCAUGGAGAUGCAACGUCACCUCCAGAGUCCCGUCUCCUCCCCAUCGGACAGCCCAACUGAAAGAAAGAGGAGAUCUCUACCCCUUAGUGGCUUAUCAACCGGUCAGCUGACUGAUCAUUAUUCAAACUGUAUCAAGCUCUCUGCAGAAAAUAAAAUCAAUUCCAAAAAUGCUUUUGGGCUCCACCUGAUUGACUACAUGGCAGAGCUUCUGAAAUCAAAGAAAGGAGAGAUGACAAACUUUCAGGUUGCGAGUUGCACCCUCGAUGCCAGCGCUAAGAUCUAUGCAGGCAGAGUGGAUGCUAUUCACGCUGAGACAUACAAGAUGCUGGGAGGACUCGGACAUGACAGGCAGAACAAACAAUCAGAAGGAGACGCAGAAGGAGAAGGACCGGAUGCUAAUGACGGGAAAAAGAAGAAAAGAGCCCGUCAUUCUAACACAGUGGAGACCAACCUGAAGAACAUCAAUGUGACUAAACUGGACCUUGGAUUUGAGCCCGACCCACUUUUCCAGCGAACCUCGGCAGCUUUCGACGAGGGCGGGUCCUUCGGUCUCCUCCUCAACCACCUCCAAUGCCGAGACGACGGCUGUGAGCUGCUCCUCGAUUCUAAUACGAUCAUCAAUAACGAGGAGGAACCAUCAAAAUCAGAGAAAGGCAUACAGACCAUGGUUGACAUGAGUGAAAUAACAGAAAUCUACAAUGGAGUGAGUUUAGAGAGCCUGCAGAUUUGUCCGGAGUUUGCUGAUUUCAAGUUCACAAACUGGAAUGCAGAUGGAGAGGAGGGUGUCACUUCCAUGAUCAGCAAGAUGGCCGCAGACAGCAAACAAGCCUUCGACGUCCACGCAAUCCCCGAACCUCUGGAAGAAGAGCCCGCAGAUCACAUGGGUAUGGGAGCAGACCAUUUUGAAGGAGGGGGCUUUAGUGAUGAUGAUGAUGACGGAGGGGAGCGGUUAGACCAGCCCUCGAUGUUUCACUCGGAUAAUUCCGAUGCCACCAUCAUGAUAGGUCGUUCAGCGUCAAGUUCUGUAUCAGUCAACACUGGAGGGAAACUCUGCUUACAGCUUUCACUGGAACCCUCCGAGUAUUCAUACUUCAACCUGGAUGUCCUCAAUACGUGGGCAGGUCCGCAGCACUGGAAACUCAAACCUAAAUCUAAAGAUCCUGCUACAUCCGAGGAAGGCACCAAGAAGGCAGCCUCGAAGAAGCCUGUAUUCAGAUUGAAUUACGAUGAAGAUAUUGACUUUGAUAAAUUCUUUGGCGAAAGCAAGGCUUCCACCACACUCUCUCAGGCUACUCUGAAUAAAUAUAAUAAGAGUGAGCUCACUCUUCCUGAUCAAGAUGACGAUUACAAACCAACGAGUCUCCUGAAGAUGUUCCUCAGGCCAAACUUCAUGAUGAAACGUCAGACUACAAACAGCAGCAAUGACUCUCUUGAUGAUGGUAUCGAUGGCUAUGAUUACAACAACGAGAAUGACUGCGCCAACUUUUGUCCAGCUGCUGGGGGUGGUGAUGAUGAUGACGACGACGACAGCAGCCACGCCCCUGGGAGCAUGACCUAUGACCUGAGCUCCAUGGGGGGUUGUGACAUGAGUCAGGGAUCAGCUGGUAGCCAUAGCGGUUUCUUCAAUAACAGUGUCUUUGAUGCCACGAUGCUUCAGGGAGACAAGCUGGUUGCACAACCCCACAAGGUUAACAAGAUUGACAUACAAUACGCCCGCACAGCUAAGAGGAUGGAUGUUAAAAAGCUUAAGACGCACAUGUGGGGCUUCUUGACGAAGCCAGAAUCAGACAAGGAGAAUGUCUGCAAUGAGGCCGAUGCGGACAGUGUUGCUGGAACCCAAUCGUUUUGUGACAUGUAUACUACCCUCCCUGACAAGCUUAGCAAAACAAUGUCGAAGAACCUCAGUAUUCCCAUUGCGUUUGUGUGUCUUCUUCAUCUCUGCAAUGAAAAGAGUCUGAGAUUGUCUGUCCAGGCCGAUAGCUUUGAGGAUCUUCUUAUCACUCAGGAUUAAAAGCCAGCCACGUCAGCCUUUCAACAGUAUUUCAGAUCCAGUCAAAUGAAAUAGACCAGGGAGUGUUUCACAUAGAUUUAAAAGCUUCACAACCAACAAGAUAUUAUGACUUGACCAGUUUUUUAAAAGGAGAGUGAAACACGUAACCUUAUAUAGCCCAGGAUAUUUUGAAAUUGCAUAGCCCGGGGGUGGGGGGCAAAAACAGCCCCCCCCCCAGAUAUUGGCUUUGAUCGUGGAAUCGCAACGAAAAUUGGCACGCACGUCACCCAUGAUGUAAUCUCUGCCAUUUGAUUGUCAAUUGUACCAAAAUUAUUCAAAGUUAUUUUUGAUUAAUUGAUUAUGCCAAUUAAAGCAAAAAGUCAUAAUUUGUUUGUUAAUCUUUAAAUAUUCCUUCCAUCCGCUAGAAUUUAGUCUGAACACUUUUUAGGAUUAUUAUCAAAUGUAUAUUAGAAAAUGGCAAUAUAAAAAAAAAAUUUCUGUGUGUUUUAGACUUUAUGUUUUUCAUUGUUUUUGCAGUGGAAAUCGGCAACUUUAUUUCAGUCAUAAAUAACAUGAAAUCUUUUGCUUUUAAUCAGUAAAAGUAAAAAAAAUGAUGCUUUUAUAAAUUUUUUACAUACAGAAUUUGAACUGGAUUUGUACAUGAAUUACGUUUUUGAGCAAUUUGGGUCUGACGUGCACUUACAAAACAAAAGAAAAUAGUCAUGAAAUGUCAUGGCGCGAUCUUUUUGCAUUACAAAUUUGUUUUGAUAAAUAUAAAGGGGGCUGUUUUUGCCCUCCCCCUGGCUGGAUAGGGUUAAAGCUAGUGAAUUGUACAAAAACUAAAAAAGAAACAGAUCUUUUAAAAGCUGAGAUUUUGUAGAUGAUGUCAGGGACAACGUGCGUGACAAUAUUCAGCACAAUCGACAGCUGAGAUCAUGAGGGAGGAGGGCUUUAUAAACUGGAAAUAGCCGAGACUAGUUAGGGUUAAUCUUCCCAUCCAAAGAUGCAUCUGCAGAGGAAUCGUCUAAUGGGGCAUUACAAGAAAACUGAUCAAUUCGUUCAAUUAAUCGGUUGCAGCGAACAGGCCGAAUUUCUAACUUUGAGGUCGACAUCGCACACAGUCGUAGUACUCUAAUGAGACUGUGAUGCUUCAAAAAUGAAGACCACAUGUCGUGAAUGCACUGUUAACGGACUAAAUAAUGCAACGAAAUAUGCGGAAAAACUUCUCUCCCACCUGCAUUGAACAUCAUAUCUGGGGAGCGUUUAAUGAAAGGACUUGUUGGAUGUUUUAUCCAACAAGUCCUGUUUUAUCAAACAGUUACUAUAGUAACAGUGCUUCUCAACCAAUCAGAACCCAGGAAAGUUGUCAGAUCUGACAAAUUGUCGGACGAAAAUAUUGAUGAAACGCCCCCCUGGUCGAGCCAUGUCGGCCAGCGCUGAAUAAUCGCAUGCAUGGAAGUACUAGCAUGCUCAAAAGAUGUCAACAUUCUCCCAUGAUGCAUUGCCAAUUUAGCCUGUCCAUUGCAACCGAUAGAUUGCGCACCGUAUUGUGAAUCCACCGAAGGUUUAGUUUGGGUCUCAAAAUCAAUCAAAUGCCUGCAAUUAGUUGCAAAUUCGCACUUUGAUUCCUGGGCCCUGUAGCACAAAGCUUAGCAAUGAUCUUAGAACAUUUUUCUUUGAUUGAUUCCAUUAACUACAAUGUACAAUCAAUCUUAAAAAUCAAGUGUAUGGAUCAAUUGCUAACCUUUGUGUUACAGGACCCUGAUCUGCUUCUUGCAACAAGAAAUUCAAUUAAAUUCCCAUAGCUAAAAUUGAUCUACAUGUAUCAAUUGUAAAAUAAUUCAACAGAAUGUUUGCAAAUGAUUGCAAAAUAUUCCAUUGCUACUCCCCUUUCACUGUAAUUAUUCUGCCCAGACAGCUAUCCUUGUAUAUAGACUAAAUUCUAAAAAUUCAAUUUCCCUUCCUUUAUGGCCUUUCAUCAAUCUGGGCCCUGUCUUACAAAGAGUUGUGAUUGAUCCGAUCAAUCGCAAGUAUGGAAAGCAAGCCAAGUCAACAUAUAAAAUGCAUGUUUCUUAAAAAAAGAUAGGAAUGUACAUCCAUAAAUUCAUCAAUUUCUUGACAAUUUGGUGUGUUCUCCUUUGUUUACAAAGGCCAUUUUGCAAAUUUCCUAUAGAAAAAGUUAUGACACUGAUGGAUUUCCAUAGAGUUGAGAUUUAUUGGAUCAGUCGCAAUUCUCUCUUAGACUCUUGGUGAGUGUUUAAUGAAGCUUUGCAUAAGUUAGGAGUAACUUUAUGAACAACUGGUGACCAUUUUCUUGUUGUAAAUGGCAUACACCAAAUUUUUGCAAGUGUUGAUAUAGUUCAUAAGAAAGGGUCACCAGUUCUACAGUCUUUAUGAAGCACCCACGGGGGGGGGGGGGAGUUUCGAAAAGAUAUAAGUAUGUCUUAGAAUCGCACUGAAACGCCGACGCAUACAUGAUAUGCAUGUCAUGUCUUUUCUACUGCAUGCAACUAGACAUUUAAGGGCGACUCUAGGUCAUACUUAAAUCUUUUUUAACACCCCCCUUCCCAGAUCUUGUAAGUUUUCGGAAACUGUUAUUACUUACAAUGGAUUAGCCCUAUCCAUCUUGCCGAUGUGCAGGUCAAAAUUCAAAAAUAGAUUGGAAAUACAUUGGAAUGCCAGUCAAUAUCUAAAAUAUGUAUAUUGUAAAAAUCCAUUUAUUUAACAGUAUUUGAGAGAAAUUGACUUAUUUCCAUACUUAUUGUUUUAUAUAUUUUUACUUAUGGUGUAUAUAAGCUAGAAUAUUGUGCCUUGUCAUUUUUAUAUUGUAAAUUAUGUAUUGCUUACCAGUAAUGUGGCUCUAGAUGGCUCUUUCAUGAAAAUUAGGGGGGGGGGUCCUAGCAAUAAACAAAUCUUCAGGGUCAUCAAAUUUAGAUUUUAAAAAAUAUAUAUAAAGGGGGCGGGAGAUGGAUCGGGAACUUGAUUUAAUAUGAAUGAAUAUAUCCAAUCGCAAACAGUCUCAAAUUCCGGACUGUAUUUUAAGAAAUAUCUUGUUUAAAAGUACUUCCAAACUUUUGUUCUCUAACCAAGAUUUUUACACCCUAAUAAAGUUAAAAACAAAAACAAUUUGAUAAACAAGCUCGGGUAUCACAUGAUUUGUUGGUAAAUGUAAAUUAUUUCACAUCAGUGCUAAUUUUGCCAUUUCAGUGACAAAUUCUUUGCCUGUUAAUGCCAUGAUUUAUGAACAAUCCUUAAGAAAAACAACUGAGUAACAAUAUUCAGUAAACCUCAAUUUGAUUUUUUUUUGGGGGAGGCAAAAGACAAAUUAGAGAACUUGGUGUACACCACUGUAUAAUGAAAGUUAUAAGUACUUUGUAAAGAUAAGAAUUAUGUUUUUCAGGAAUUUAGAAUUUUGAUUUUCAGCCCAAUUUUCAUGCUACAUGUGGAUAUGGAAUACAUAGAAUUGUACUGACCUCUGAUUCUCUAUAUGAAAUAAAAUGUAAAUAAUAUAGCAUCAA